CGGAGCGAGGCCGGUGAUGCGGAAGUGCGAGCCGGGGCUGGGGAGCUGGCCGGCCCGGCGGUUGCCACCAUGGCCGCCAUGGCUGCGGGCCCGGGGAGCGACGGCGGGAGCCCGGGAGCCGCAGGAGCUAACCGGCAGUUGAAGUACAUCAGCUUGGCAGUCCUGGUGGUGCAGAAUGCGUCCCUCAUCCUCAGCAUCCGGUACGUUCGCACGCUGCCCGGGGACCGCUUUUUUGCCACCACGGCCGUGGUCAUGGCCGAAGUCCUCAAGGGAGCUACUUGCCUGCUGCUCAUCUUCAUUCAGAAACAAGGUGACCUGAAGCAGUUUGCCUCGUUCCUGUACGAUUCUGUUGUGGUGCAAUACAUGGACACUCUCAAGCUGGCCGUGCCUUCGCUCAUCUACACCCUCCAGAACAACCUGCAGUACGUGGCCAUUUCCAACCUGCCUGCGGCCACCUUCCAGGAUGGCAGCGAAAGAAAAAGGCUCCUAAUCGUUGAGAGGACAUCCUCUGCCAGAGUUCCUGACAGUGGGUCAACGGUGGACCAAAGGCUACCAGGUUUUAAUCUACGCCCCCUAAGAGUUCGUGGUCAUGUGGCUUUUAGUUCCUCUUAAAUAUCUAAGUCUUGGGAUCGUUGCCUCUUCGUGCUGCCGGGGCCCACAGAUUCAUUCUGAAUGAGUUUAUCAUCGCGCCGAGCAGACAGACAAGCCCGGAACGUUCCCAGAUUACUACCAGCAUCAAAUCCUUCAGCUCAACAUGCCUUGUUUGAGUGAUGUUUCUCCCCCAUCCCACAGGGUGGCCUUUAGGUUACUGGCCGCAGCCCAGCCAAAGUUUGCGAGCAGGUCACUUGUGUGGUUCACUCAACACAAAAGGAUCAAGUGAAGGGUGACAUUCAUUUGCUCCCUCUUGGAGUCUGGGAAUGAACUGGAAGGCGGCGUAUGACCAAAGGGAGACAGGGCCUUCCUUUCCUCCCAACAGCAGAAACGCAGCCCUCGCUGGGCGAUGCAUUCCCUUCUUUUCCCCCCAUGGGGUUGCAGUAUCAUGCUCAGUAUUAAGGGGCUUAAAGCAUAUGGUGAUCAGAGCCAGCAUAUCUAUUUAUAUAUAUAUAUAUAUACAUAUAUAGCUCUUUAAUACUCAUCUUGCUACCCAUAUUUAUUGCUGUGCAAACUAAUACAAAAUUUAUAAUUAUUGGGGUGAGUGUAGAGUUCUUGAUUCAGAGCUGAAUGACAGCAUAAAGAAGAGUUGUUUUUAUACCCUGUUUUUCUCUAGAAGAAGAGUUUGGAUUUAUAUCCCCCCUUUCUCUCCUGCAGGAGACUCAAAGGGGCUGACAAUCUCC